AUGGGUUGCUUCAUUGAUCAGUUCACCAGGUUGAAGCCUUCGGUGUUCGUAGGAAGUGCAAAUCCAGUUCAUACUGAGAAUUGGAUCCAGGAGAUCGAGGAAAUCCUACAUGUUUUGAAAUGCACAAAGAAGCAAAAAGUAACCUUUGGAAUGUUCAAGUUGUCAAGGGAGGUAGAGAGAUGGUGCGUGUCGGUUGAGAAGAUGGAGGAACACCGACUUAUACUAGUAGCGAUGACGUGGUCCCGUUUCAGAGAGCUAUUCUUUGAACGGUACUUUUCGGCCACGGUCAGAAACGCGAAGAUGGAGGAAUUUAGGAACUUGUCUCAGAAGUCACUGUCGUUGCAAGACUUUGCUACACUGGUCAAUAAAGCCACUGUGGCAGAGGAGAGUCUGCUUGAGGACGUGGAGGUUCAGGUCCUGAAGAAGAGGCCAACACCUCCUAGUUGUUCUUUUGGGGCGAGGCAGGGUAACUGGAAGAGGAAUAGUCGUGGUACGUUUCAGAACACCGCAACUUCCCAAGUUUGCUCUCUUUGUGGUAGGAAGCUCGCUGGUAGGGAUAUAAGGCGAGAGAUUGUCACCUGCCAGGAAACAGUGGAACCUCACAACAAUCAUACAGAGGCGCAACGUGGCGGUCAGCAAGGGGGUACAGCCCAGGCUAGGGUGUAUUGUUUGACACCUAGCGACGCAGAGAAUGCUGGUGAUGUAGUCACAGGAUCAGUGGUCGGGUGUAGCAAGGUAGUCUGUGAAUUCUCGGUUGAAAUUCUUGGAAGGGUACUACUAGUUAACCUUGGGCCAUCUGAUAUGUAUGGCUUUGAUAUCAUCCUAGGGAUGGAUUGGUCAUCCGCUAGUUAUGCCAGUAUCGAUCGCCGCAAGAGGGAGGUGAUAUUUAGACUGCCAGGGCAGCAUGAAUUUAAGUUCCUAGGAUCGUGUGUGCAUUCUGCACCACAGAUCGUUUUAGCUUUGCAUGCUAGAAGGUUACUCCGGGAGGGUUGCCAAGGGUAUCUGACCUUUUUGAAAGACACGCUGACUAAAGAAUGUAAGCUGGAGGCGAUUGCAGUAGUGUGCGAGUUCCCUAACGUGUUUCCAGAGGACUUGCCAGGAUUACCUCCGGAUUGUGAAGUAGAAUUCGCUAUAGAAUUAGCUACAAAUAUGGCGCCAAUUUCAAAAGCUCUAUAUCGCAUGGCUCUAGAUGAAUUAAGAGAGUUGAAAGAACAACUGUAG